GGCAAACGCGUUUAGAUUCUUCUCAAAUAAAUGUGUUCUUUUUGGAUGCUGUUACUAUUAUUUAUUUACACGUGAUAAGGAAAGCAUGCCUCUAUACUUUGACUAUGGUUUUUAUUAUCUUAUGGUGAGGAUGAAAACAAUCUUCUAUAGAACACUUAUGUCGGGACGUCUAAUACCAACAUGAGCUUUGGUUUAUGUAUUUUGAGGGUGAGGGUGAGGGUGAUGGCUGGAUACACCUAAUCCACUCACAGUUCGUAGCUUUCUUGGAUACACCGACUCAGUUGCAUAUGGUAACGUAGUGAAUUGUCUGCUUUUGGAUGAAUACCGGGUGUAACGGAUUUAUGAAAUCACUCCGAAGUUCUUCACAAUCCGUGCAAGUUUUUACGAAAGAGAAAACUUUCGUUUGACGCAUUUCAUCUGCGCAUGCGUGAGCGAGAGACUUUUCAUUCCACAGAAAUGGAAAAUGCUCUUCUUAUGAUUCCGACGGCACUUAUACCUUUCACUCCUCAUUAGAGGAAUAGCUGAGUGGGUUGGUGCCCUUUAGUAUUUACACACAGAGCAUACGACAUUGUUUUCUUCUCUUUCAAAAAAAAGUCAUGACUUACAAUGCAUUAAAAAAGGACUUUUUUGACUGCUAACGGGCAAACGUUCUCAUAACCAAGCGAAACGUAACUGUUUAGUCUGCAGUUAACGCCGCAUCCACAUAUCAGCUGGCUGUUAUGAUGCUGGAUAUGCGCCUAACAUAGUUUAUACAGGAUAUACAAUUGUCAUUACUACAAAUAUUACGUGGGCAACCGGUCAAUUCUACUAUAUUACAAUGGACAGUGGAUUUGCCAGUGGAAGUGUUUUCUGUCAUGCGGAAUCGGCACCGAUCACUGAUCCAUCAUUUUGGCGAUUCAAUAUCUGGGAUCCAGCAGUUUCUAGUACAACUACUACCCAGGUUAUUAUGGCACGGCCGGUUCCGGCCGGUUCCACUCAUUUCCCGGCCGUUUCCUGCAAACUUCGAGCCGGAAACGGUCAGGAACUGAUCGGAUAUUUCCUGUCCAAUUCCGGCCGGAAUCCGGCGGCAAGGAAUCUGCCGGAACUUGCUGGAAUCGGCGAAAACUGUGCCGGAACCGACUCAGAUUUCAACGGAUCCAGUCGCCGGAAUGAUCGACCUGGGAGUAUUAUCUGCUGA